CUUUGAGGAAGUGGACCCGGUCUUCAGAGGAUAUAUAAAGCAUCCAUCGAAGAUCCAAGCUCAUUCCUCUCCAGAUCCCAGAGCAGUUGCCUUCGGAAUUGACUGGACUGUGGAGACUUGAAGGUGUUUGCAACUAGGAAGUAAGCAACUAAACCCUGAACUGAAUUUAACAGAGUUACUUACUGAAUAAGAGAGAAGUCUUCUGUAACAGUACUGAGAGUUGUUCUGAGUGGCUGGACCGUGGACAGCUCUGAAAGUUACAGCUGCUGACCCAUCCAGAGAACACAGAACUCCUGACUGGAUGGGACUGAUUUUCAUACCAGCAUUGAGGAGACCAAAUCUACAACUUUCUGAGUUGUUCUGAGUGGCUGGACCGUGGACAGCUCUGAAAGUUACAGCUGCUGACCCAUCCAGAGAACACAGAACUCCUGACUGGAUGGGACUGAUUUUCAUACCAGCAUUGAGGAGACCAUAUCUACAACUUUCUGAGUUGUUCUGAGUGGCUGGACCGUGGACAGCUCUGAAAGUUACAGCUGCUGACUCAUCCAGAGAACACAGAAGUCCUGACUGGAUGGGAUUGAUUUUCAUACCAGCAUUGAGGAGACCAAAUCUACUACUUUCUGGUUGCUCUGUCAGAGGCGGUAAGAAGACUCUUCUUGUGUGAGUGCAGGAGACACGUGCAGAGAAGGGCUUCCCCUGCCAGCACCUGAAGUACCUGCGCCUCCUCCACAGAAACAGAGGAUCGCACACACUGCAGGACUUCAGAAAUAACUCACCUGCUGAAUCUUGAGAGUGAAGCAGCUGAAGAUUCUGCUGAGGUGUCUGAACUGCUGGGAUCACAUAAGUGUCCCAAAGACCUAGAAAUGGCGAUGCCUAAACGGCAAGAUGACUGGUCCAAGGAAGACAUUGUGCGGUUACUGGAAAGUAUGGAGAAAAACAUUCCAUCCAGUGAUGGGCACACGUUCAAAUCAACCCAGUCAGUGAUGGACUGGGAAAAAGUAGCUUUUAAAGAUUUUUCUGGGGAAAUGUGCAAACUCAAAUGGUUAGAGGUUUCCCAUAAGGUGAGAAAGUUUCGCACGCUGAAAGAAUUAGUCCUGGCAGCUAAGGAAAAUGUUAGCAAUCCUUCCAAAAAACACAAGAAAACACAGAAAACACAAGAAAACACCAGGAAACACAAGAAACAUGCUUAUUUGUUCCAGAAGUCCCUGACAGCUUACCGGCACAUUUCCCAAGUGAUGCGACCCCAGUACAUCCAAAAACACCCCAAGAUAAGCAACCAGGAGCUGACCAGGGUUCCGUCUGAGGAACGCAGGAAGGUGCCUGAGCAGCUGAGGGUGAAACACAGUCAGGAUCUUGAGAAAGAGAAAAAGGAUAUUAGGGAGAAGAUAGCUCUGUUCAGAGCACAGCACCCUGAUCUAGUCCCAAACCCUGAGAAAUCUGGUGUCCCCCAAAUAAGUGAAAUGAAAGGGCCAGAGAAGUUUCAGGAGAAUGUUGAAAAAGUGAAGUCUCCCCCAGAAAAGAGUUUACCCAUGCAGUGGAAAUUCCACGGAGAGCCCAAGAAGCCCCCGAUGAAUGGCUAUCACAAGUUCCACCAGGAUCUCUGGUCGAGCAGGGAGCUGAAAGUGGUGCCCCCGAGGGAGCGCAUGGUGGAGAUCAGUAGACGCUGGCAGCGGGUCCCCCAGGACCAGAAGGAGCUUUAUAAGAAGCAGGCGGAGGGACUGCAGACGCAAUACAAGGUGGACCUUGAUCUCUGGCUCAGGACUCUGUCUCCUGAAGAAUAUGCUGCUUACAGAGAGGUGACCUGUGCUAAGCGUAAGAACAUGAGCGUGACGGGGGGCCCGAACCCCAAGAUUAGAAGGAUGGGUCUGCAGUCCCCAUCAUCAGGGAAUCUGCAAGGAAGGCUUAGAGAGGACCCGGGGCUUCAGGCUGCAGAGUUAGCAUCAUCAGACACGACUGGAGAACAUUCUCCUGCCUCAGGGAGAUCAGAGGAAAACGAGGAAGAGGAGGAAGGCAGCCGCUCCUCAGCCCCCAGCAGUGAGGAUGAAGACGGAGAUUCUGAGCCGGAGGACCACGGCUCCAGCUCAUCGUCCUCAGGGGACUCCUCUGACUCGGAUUCCAACUGAGUUUAGUUCACAACCUGAAGAGACAGAACUUUCAGCAAAAGUCCAUGGGCUCGUCUCUCCAUGCUUUUUCAUUGCCUUCCUUCUUUCCCUCCCUCUUCAUACAAAGUGGGACCUGUUGGAAAGAAGGCAUCUUGAGCUGUAAUUUCUAGCCUUUCCAUCCACCCCAUGUUCACCCCGAGAGAAAGUCAAUGCAAUGACGCCUCGUGGAAUAAACCCUGAGCUGACUGGGCUGUGGGGCUCCCUGGACUAGACUGAGCUCCCUGAACUGGAAAGGCUUGCUCUCCUCACCCUCUGCCUGUCAGACGUGUGAGGGGCUCCAGGGGUGUGUGAGCCCCUUCUCUGUGACCUUGUCCCUCAGGACUCAGGCAGUGAGCUGGGGAGGGAAGAUCUGAUUGACUGGAAGUGGGAGACUUGCCUUAAAGAAAGCUGUCAGGCCCUGAUUUCUCUGGCCCUUUUCUCUGAGGUGAGGAGCUGGCCCUUCCUUACCUUGGAAGUGGGGCCGGCACGUGGGCAGCAGCAUUUCCAUGUGUGUAUGCAUCCUGUGAACUGUCCAUGAGAUUUUCUCACUGAUCAAAAUCUCGAAAUUAAAAAUGUGUAACCCCUCCACCUGAAUUAGGUUUUCCUUAAAACCAGCCUCUUUUGACCCAGCGCCCUGAGUUUUCAGGCCAUGUAUGAAUUUCUACAGGUUUCUGCCCCAGCCCCUUCCUCCUGCUCUAGGUUACAAGUGAAUCAUGUUUUUACCAUACACUCAAAUUGUAUUAUGUUAUGACUUGUAUGGUUUGAGCGUCAGUAUUUUAAUUCACAGAUACUAAACUGUUCGGGAAUUCAUUUACCACUAUGACACAUUUUUAUUAUUUUGGCUUAUUGAUGUAUUUGAAAGCGUGUUUAAAUCUAAUGCCAUCUCAUUAAACUUUUUUUCCUAAA